ACCAGAGGGUUGCGAACUUCCUGGGGCUGUGUGCGUCAUUGUCAGUUCCAGCGGAAUAUUGUAGUUCCUCUCCCUUUAAAGAAGGGAGUGAGCGCAAACCUGGAUUAAGUUCCAAUCUGAACUAAGCCAGGAAAUAGCUCGACAGACGCACCUAACAAGUGCAAGGAGGCGAGCUCACACCCAUACAUUUUGCGCGCGUAAAUAAGAGAGAUCCCGAACAUUAAUUCGAGAGCGCAGACGACACCCAUCAGCGCACUUCUGUCCAAAGCGGGAAAGUCUCAGAUGUUUUGGGAGUGUUUCGGGGAUAGGACACUGUGAGGUUCGGAUCGGGUCGUAGUAGGACAACCAGUAGCCAGGAUACUGUAGCGGCUCCUGCCCGGCUUUUAAUACAUUCUAUGUAAUAGAAGAGCUAAACUCUUGCAGUAAUUUAGGUUUUUAUUUUUCAAGACAGACGGAAUCAAGCGGAGAUUUGAGGAUGAAGGUGCUAUUGGCGAUCCUUCUAGGCUGGCUAGCAACAGCAACGGCCCUAAGACAGUGUCCGGAGGGAUGGACGUACGCUCUCAAGAAAUGUUACAAAUACUUUCCUUUGCCUGAGAUAAAAGAAGACGCUAUGGUAAAAUGUCAAGAGGCCCCUGGCGUUACAGGAGGAAGACUCCUGGACAUUACAGACUAUGACACUUUUAGGUUUAUAAGGAACAUGUACACGCACACAUUGCCUGGCUACCAACCACCAGUUGGGCAACAGCUUGAAGUCAUUCCACCGGAGCGUGCUCUUUGGACAUCCUUGUAUUUCGAUUGGAAUCAGGAGAUAUGGAAAGGAACUAAUGCAGCAGAACCAUUCGCCAGAUUCAACAACUUUAACAGCCAGCCAAUAGGGAAACCACCUCCAGAACCUUUGGAGACCCUCUCCUGUACCGUCUACCCUGCAGUAAAUUUUCCCCAGAGUGCAAUGCAGCAAGAACUCACGCCACUAGAGCUCCCAAAGCAAGUCAUUGAGUUCAUGACAUUAGCACCCUGCGAAGAAACACUCUCCUAUAUCUGCGAAGCUCCAGAGGUUGCACCUGUCGUAGAGCCGACGACCACUGCGGUUCCCGGGACUACUACCCCUGUGCCAUGGGGAACUACUCCAAUGCAACCUCAAACACCAGGUUUCCCCAAUCGCCCUGGACAACCCGGUAGACCACAGAUCCCUGGAAGGCCACAGUUCCCCGGAAGGCCACAAAUCCCCGGAAGACCACAAAUCCCAGGAAGACCACAGAUUCCAGGUAGACCACAAUUCCCUGGUGGAAGUCCCCACCAGCCUCAUCUUCCCCAUGGUCCCCACGCUCCACAUGGUCCCCAUGGACCCCAUGGUCCUCAUGGCCCACAUGAACCUCAUGGCCCCCAUCAGCCACCACACCAACCCCCUCACCAGCCUUACCCGGGAUUUCCGUCCAGGCCCAACCAACCAGGAAGACCUAACGCUCCAGGAUUUCCCAACCGACCCAAUCAACCACAAUGGCCCAGUCGACCCAAUCAACCACAAUGGCCAAGCCGACCCAACCAGCGACCUGGAUUCCCUAAUUCACCUAUUAGGCCCCAAUGGCCUAGCCGGCCCAAUCAGGGCGGUCCCAACAGACCGAACCAACCAGUCAGAUAUGCAGACAAUCCAACCGGAGUCCGACCAUAUGAAUACCGAUACAACAACUACGUUUUCUCUAGUAAAUUUGGAGGUCUUGGUAUAAGACUUUGAAGCCGCUUGGACAAUAUGAACAAUGUGUACCACUUACCCGACCCUUUGUAUAUUUGGGCUAACAAUUUUCACAAAACUUUGGGUAAUUUGGACCCGAACAUUCGCAUUUUUAACUGAAAUUUUCACCAAGCUUUGGGUAAACUAGACCCGACCUUUCGGGAAUUUAGCGGUCCUUUUCUCGAAAGGUCGGGUUACGCAAUUACCGGACGCGACAACACGCUGUAAUGGUCCAAGCCCUUUAGAAACAUGUAAAUGGUGUGUAUUAGAUACUGGACAUCAUAGUCUCUGCAACUGAAGGAGUAAAACCAGGUUCAUGAUGAAAACAAAUGUAUUCUAAAACCUAAAAGAGAAUACAACUCGGUAUAAUGAAUAAGAAAUACUUAUGAAAUUUACUGAAAUCCCUUACCCCCGUAUACAUAUUACGAUGUUGUGGUGAUUGACGAUGGUAAUCCUAACUAAAACUUCAGUAAAUUAUUUAAAAUAAUAUAAAUGCUGAAAGUACCCCCAAAAGGCAAUGCGCACACGAAUUUCCACACCUUUUUUCCUUGCGCUGUGCGUGUUGUUUCUUACGCGCUUGUAUCUGGCCCUCAAUGUACUGUUAUUUGUCUCAUGGAUUACUUUUACUUUAUCCUUAGCGCUAAUUAGUCUCCUUUCUGCCACAAAAUCCCGGCAGAAGAAGCCUCAAGCAAGCAAGUAAGUCUGCCACAACGCUGCAUUGAGCAUAAUGUACUUUUUCAUGAGGCCUUAUGUAUAAAUAAGGCUAGACGAAUUGCUAGACAAUGACUAAAUUCUGGGAUCCCACCAGAAACCGUUGGUACUUUUUAAUUAGUCUUAUAUCCGUUAAGAAUAAAGGAAAA